AGAAGAACAUUUAGACGUGAAGGUGGAAGGACGUGUUUUUAGAGUGCUACAAAAAUCGAGAAAAUGUGUGGGAUUAUAUGAAGUGACCAAACUUUUGAACUGUUUAGAUUGGAAGUGAGAUAAUUACCGAGGUUUCAUCCGCAAGUUGAAUUUAUUAAUCUUGGUGGCAUCACAAGGAAAACAAGAAAAUUGUAUUCAAUUCCUAUCAGUGAGAAUAAACAUGACGUUUCAUGUAUCUACCGCCGUGUCCUUAAUACUAUUGGCUUUUACAGGUAUAUCGUCUGUUACUGCCAUUUACUCUGCCGAAUGUGGGAAGUAUACAUACAUACCCACACUUCAGACAUGUUGUGGGGGUCGUGUGCAUAGCACUCCUGUGGCACUUGGUAUGGAAUUCAGAUGCUGUGGAGAUGAUCUGUACCCUAUGGACAACACCUGGCAAUGUUGCGGCAACAAAAAGAUGGAGUUAAGAGAAGAUGCUGUCUGUUGCAACAACGAAAUCAUCAAUUCCACCACCCAUGAGUGCUGCGGUGAUCAGCAAACAUCUCAACUCCAACAUCCAAAGCAACAAGGACAUGAAUGUUGCGGCACGUCGUACUAUGACAAGGAAAGGCAAACAUGCUGUAGUCAAGAUCGCUAUUCUCCCCUCGUCGCUGACGGAGUCGGCUCGUGCUGUGGGUCACGUACUUACGAUGCCUCCUCCGAGAUCUGCUGCCCUCUACCAACAGGGGGCAUGGAAUCCCACGUCGUUGGAAAGUAUGGUGUGCUGCUUCGAGAGACUGAGUGUUGCGGGGCUGGCUGGAUUAAUAAGACUACCCACAUAUGCUGCCAGGGUGAAGCUCAUCCACGAGGUCACGGCCCUGCAAGUUGCUAUGGCAACCAACCGUAUGACCCGACCAGGCAAGUGGAUUGUGGGGGCAGACUGCACGACAUCCAAGAUGGAAAGACGGAAUGUUGCCAUGGUAAUCUCAUCAACCCGAACGAUGAGCCUUGCUGUAAUGAUCCGGCUCUCCUGCGGAAAUCUCCAUUCUCUUGCUGUGGUUAUAGGUAUGGAAGAGAGAUCUACGACCCUACCCAGUCGUCGUGCGUUGGAGGCAUUAGAACAGAGUACCCGGAGGUCAAAGGUCAAAACGACCUAUGGGGACUGUGUGAUGGGUCUAGGUAUGCCAGCACACUCCUCAUCUGCUGUGGUGGGCACCUGUCAUCCAAAUUUGAUGAUUCUCGCUGCUGUGGUUCAAAAUCCUACAGAUACAAAGAGCAAUUCUGUAUCGAUGGAAGCAUCGUUGUGGAUAAAAUAGCCUCAAAUGCGGAAAUCUGUACCACCUCUGGCCAGGAGAUGGAUCUUCAGUACGAUCCAGAGACACAGACCUGCUGCAGGGAAUCUUGGGAGUCCCAGUAUUGGAGGGUCUUCAACAGUACAGAGGGGGAGUGCUGCUUACUCUCGCAGACCGAGGUUGUAUUUACUGAUCCGACGUCGGAAACAUGCUGCAAAGCCGGAGAACAUCAGAAGGUACAUCCAGUCCCACGCGGUGAGGGAGAAUGCUGCGGACCAGAGAUGAUUGUCCAAGGAAAGCAACUUUGCGACGACGCAAUGCAAGAAGUGGUUGACAUUCCCGAAAACAGAACCCACGAUAAAGUCUGUGUUCCGUUAGAUCGGGAACAUAAUAACAUACGCCAGACUUAUGACAGCAACAGGGAGUUUUGUUCCGAUAAUGGCGAGAUCAUUCCCAGAGCUGAAGGCAAGGACCUCUGUGGGGGGCAGAUCUAUGACACCGACACACAUGGCUGCUGCGGAUCACGUAUCUACAGGCUCGUCACUCAGCAGUGUUGCGAGUACAGUAUUCAGCCUAGGGUAAAUGAUGAAGGGCUCCCUCUAGAGUGCUGUGGACUACAGGCCUACCAUUCCGUCACAUCCACCUGUUUCUAUGGAACCAUAAAGGAUGGCAUCCCCCACAACAACGCAAGAUUGUGUGGAUCAGAGGUGUACGAUAACAGCCGAUACGACUGCGUUAACGGCAGAGAUCUUGUUCCUCAAGAAGCUGGCCCUCACAUCAGACUAUGUGGCAGGAUGAGAGAGGUCUAUGAUAAGAGAGAUCAGGAAUGCUGUGGAGAACAUCUUAUUGGUCGAGGACAAACCUGUUGCCAUGGCAUCCAAUAUCAAACACCAGGGACAUCAUUGAAAGAAGGCCAGUGCUGUGGAUCAAUUGGUUUUAAUCCCUCAACUCACAGUUGCUGUAUGGGUUCCCUCACCCCUACCAGUGGAAUGGAAGAUCCCGCUUGCUGCCUGGAUCAGGCCUAUGACCGAUCUGUACUGAACAUCACAUGCUGCGGUGGGAAGCUUAGUAGGAAGGCGGAGGAGGAGACGGAAUGCUCGAUGGCCGAUGGAGUGGUUCACAGACUGGAUGAGAUUGUGUGUAAUGGUGUGAGACACCCAGCUGGACAGGGACAGUGCUGCGGAUCCGACCUCUACGACCCGACAACGGAACUGUGCUGUGAUGGGUUCAGAUACGAAGCAGAAGAGAACAGUGUUUGCUGUGGGAAUAAGCCAUACCAGGCUAAUGGGAGUCACUUAUGCUGUAACGGAACCCUCCAUACACAGGCAGAAGGGAAGGAGUGUUGUAACCGUGCUGCCUUCUACCCUUCAACUCACCAGUGCUUCUCAACAGGAGGUCAGAAUAUCAUCAUCCAGCUCCUGGAUGAUCAUACACUAUCUGCUACCAAUGCUUUCUGCAUCGAGGGGUCCUACAACGCGACCAACCAGACCUGCUGCGAUGGCCUCCUCCACAAUGGCCUCAGGGAGUGCUGCAGCAACCGGGUGAUCAAAGCGCCCUCUCAAGAAAUCUGUUGCAACGGUGCCAUCCAUCAGAAGAUAUAUGGUGAGGAAUCCCAGUGCUGUCCAUCUGGUCAGAUCAUGCAUCAAUCGCUAGGGUGCAACCCGUACCAUUCUGACUUUGGUCAUCAGCUUUGUAAUGAUACUGAGUUCUUCCCGCUAACCCAGGGAUGCUGUGCUGGCAUGGUCUAUUCUCUGAGCGAUGCCCAGUGUAGAGAUGACAAGGUCUUCUUUCUUUGUGGUGAAGACUUCUACUCUCCAGAUGAACAGACUUGUUGUAAUGGUUCCCUGACUGAUAUCCCCAAUGGACAAUGCUGUCAGAAUACUGCCUAUGACCCAACAUCCAAGAUCUGUUGCCAAGGUUAUGUGCGACGCAUCCGCAGAGGUAGAAACCAGUGCUGUGGUGCAUUAGCGUUUGACUUCAACAAAGAGAUGUGCUGCGCAUCGGGACCUACCAGAAAACCCCGUACCAAACAAAAACUUCAGAAGUUGGACAACGGUAACUGCUGUAAGCGAGGACUUCAACCAAACUUUACAACAGGAUACUGUGAAGCCAUUCCAUUGGUCUGUAUGGGUCUUGAAGGUGGAAGUUUGUGGAAGGAAGCAUCUGAUGAUUGCGGCAGGGAUUUCACCUUCAGUUUCAUCGCCCGGCAUAUCGACACCAACGACACCCACACCACCAUCGAGCUCGACGUCGUCCACCAUAUCCUACCUCACAACAGCAAUGUCGAGUUAAACACCCUGGUUCUACCAGCGGACACAGAGUGCAGGAAGUUGAAAGAGGGGGAGAAGUACAUAGUCCUCUCGGCAGGAGAUGUAGAAGAUACUUCUCUUUGGCUGACCAAGCAAGAUUUCUUGGGGAACUACCAUACAAGAAUCGUUCAGAGGUUAUUUCGCAGAACCUGUAUUUAAUCUUUACAUUUAUUAUUUUUUUGGAGACUCUAGUAAGUAAACUGUACCAGUUGAAAAAAUUGCGUAUUUCUAUUAUCGAUUUGUUGGUUUUACCGAUGUAGCUCAUUUUGAGCCCAAAAUAUUAAGGAAGGAAGAUGGCAAAAGAAUGAAAAAAAAGAACAAGAGAUUGGUUUUACAUCAGUAGUAAGGAAUCAUGAAUUUCAUGUGCCAGUAUGGAUUGAAGAGAAUUGUUAGGGUCAAGUAAGGUUGUUGAAUUCCAACUAUAUUUGCACAUUAAGCGAGAUAAAGGGUAUAAUAUUUAUGCCCUUAUUUUAAUGUAAAUUGUAUGCCUCAAAGAGGUGUCUGUACAUACUGAAUAUAACUAUUUAUUUCAUUGCGUAAGUUCGUACUUAAUAUUGGAUGUGAAUGGUCUAUUUCUUCUUAUGUUUGCAAUAUAUCUGUGUAAUAUAUGGACCUACAUGUAUAUUGAUUGUCUAGCUACCAAGAAUUAAUUGACACAAAUAUUAGAGAUGGCAACAAUUAUUUGCAUUUCGAAUACGGUAUGUUAAUUACAAGGUCAUUAGGAGCAGGCAGAUAGUGCUAAUUUUGUCUGCAGGAUUGCAACUGCGGGAUACAAUUUGUAUCAAAAUUGUAUUGAAAUAUCUACUUCUUGAAUUCCUUUCACCAUAUUUUUUUACUUGCUUUAUAAUGGUUAUGUUUAGCAUCCAUGAUGCUUUCCGUUGUAUAUUUUGCUGAUAAUUUUAAAUAGGGAUGUAUAUUUUUACUUUUUUUUCAUCUACCAUCAUAAUAAUAUAUUUCAUUUGUAGGGAAUAUGAUAUCUAUUAUUUCAAAACGGGACCAAAUUUUAGUGAGUGAAUAAAUGAGAAUGGUCAAAACCUCAAAGCUUCAGUAUAAUCAUGUGUGUUGCUAAUCUAACAUUUUCCAUUUCUCAGAAGAAAUUAACAGUACCGAUAUACUUAUCAUUAGGAAACUAUCUUUCUAGAUCAAUAUUAGAAAUCCAAUUUCAACAAUUAUCUCCAGAAUGCGAGAGUGUAAUUAUGUAAAUGUAAUUUUCAAGAGUUCUGAACUUUUGAAUGCAAUCAAUCUAUUUUACUAUUCUGAUAUUUUCCUUUUCUCAGAACUUAACAGUACUGUUCUCGUUAGGAAACUAUAUUUCUAGUUUGAUAUUAGAAAUCUGAAUAUUACAUCUAUCUCUAGAAUGCAAGAGUGGAAUUUUGUAAAUGUAAAUUUCAAGAGAUCUGAACCUCUUAUUCAAUGAAAUGCUCAAUAAUGGAAUAAAGCACAAAAUGGAAUGAAUAUCAAUUCACUGGAGAAUACAGGUACUAUUCAAAUGUUGUUAAUACAAAAAAUUCUUGUUGCUACAUUGUAUUCUUUCAUUAUAGAUGACAAUUGACGAGAUUUGUGUGUUGAGGAGUUGUAAAACAAAAAAAUUGUAUUAAAAAUCAUAGUACUAGAAAUUACUAAAAUGUAAGAGAAUACUUUUUUAGGAUUAAUGGCUAUUAGAAGCAGAUUUUAUUUUAUUUUUUUAUUCUGUAACUGUAAUACAUGUGUGAUAGAAUCUAAUGUGUUGUAGGAAUUAUGUAUGAAAUUUACCAAUAGUCCAGGGGGGUGUUUCAUAAAGCUGCUCGUAAAGUUACGAACGACUUGACGCACGACUGGAACAUUUUCUUAGGUCAUAACUCAAUUACAUAAGGAUCACAUAGCACAAGAAAGGAUCACCAGUCGUGAGUACAGUCAUUCGUAUCUUACGAACAGCUUUAUGAAACACACACCAGGAAUACAAAAGAAAGUGACAUUUGUGAACUUAACUUUGCUAUACUAAGUAAUGUAAGUGUAUCAUAUAAUGAAAUGCAAGUUAAUGUUCCAUGUAGGCCUUUUUAUGUAGAUUAAAUGUUGAUUAAUCACGGCCCAGUAGCAUUUACUGGAUAACGUUCAUCAUUGAUGCUAAAGUACUUUCCAUUUUCCUUGCCAAUUAGGGCCCAGACGAGUGUUACAUGAAGCUGUUCGUAAGUUUAGAGAGACUUUAAGAACGACUGGUGAACCUUUCUUGUGGUAAAUGAUAUUGACCAUUACUCAUUGGUGAUUAUUUAGCGCGUAAAUCAGGUCCACCAGUCGUUCUUAAAAGUCGCUCUUAACUUUCAAACACCUCUGUGAAAUGGUCCCCUGUACUAUAAAACUUAGCUAUCGAUAGUAGGGUUGAUUUCUACGAUUGAUUGCAUUGAUUAUUGUGUAUGAUCAAUCGUAAAAACCAGCCCUGCAAUCAGUCGCCGAGCUUUAAAUUGCAGGGCCCUGAAUGCAUUUCUUAAUGUCUACUUAUUUUUGAAAUAUCAUUGACCUUGCAUGAGUUGGUAAGCCGACACUAGUCGGAUAUUGUAACGUGAUAACUUUUGUUAUCUUUUGCCCUGUAACCCAUGUAAAUCUGAUUUUGACCAAAUUGAAUCUAAACCCCUUGCCUCUUGGAAUCGGAUGAUCCCUGUACAAAACCCAUGGGAACUAGAGGAUUUAGUAGUCAAUGGAUUAAAUAAUAAUAACAAUACAUAUGAUUUAUAUGGCGUCUUUUCCAUUUUGAUUAAAUGCUCAAGGCACUUAGAAGAGAGCAAAACAUAAAAGUAAAGAGAAACUAAGAGAAGUACAAGUAAGGUAAAUUACAAAUUAGGAAAAAUGUCUGUCUUCAAACCUAGUACCUGCUGGUGAAAAAAUGUAAUAUGUAAUUCCUUGGCCUAAGAUGUCCUAUGAAGUAUGAUUAAGGUAUCCUAAGAAGUAUGAUUAUUAAGAUAUCCUAUGCAGUAUUAUUAAGAUAUCCUACGAAGUAUGAUCAUUAAGAUAUCCUAUGAAAUAUGAUUAUUAAGAUACCCUAUGGAGACAACCUACCUUGUUUCCCUGAAUAUGUCAUAAUUGAGUUAUUGCCUUUUUCCAAUCAUCACCUUUGAUUCUGUGUAUUCAAAGUAUCAAUAUGCUCAAUGUCAGAAAGCCACUUUGAUGAAAUGUACUCAAGUUCAACAUAAUUGCACCUGAACGUUAAUGAUUGAAUUAAAUGUUGAAAUCAAA